AUAGAAAUGUAAUGCAAUUGAAAUAAAGGAAAAACAAAACGCGUCAGAAGUGGAGAGUCUGUCCAAUAAUACAUCAAUUGAUGACAAAAACGAUGACAAUUCAGACGCCAGUUGUGAAUCAAUUCCGGCCACAAUUGGACUCUUGGAGCGUCUGAUCCGUUGUCACCCGAUUUGGUUUUUGUCGGAAAUCGGGAGAGGGGGUGUCGUCCACCUCCUUCAGGGCAAAGAGCCCGGAUGUUUCAUUGUUCGACAGUCGAGUAAAGCCAAUACAAUGGCACUAUCGGUGCGCUUACCUGAAGGCCGGGGCCCUCACAUCGAGCACUAUCUCAUAGAAGACGGCGGGAGUGGGAAACUGCAUUUAGAGGACUCAGACAACUACUUCAGUGCAAUACCGAUGUUAGUCAGCCAUUACUCCACCUGUUGUGACGAACUGCCCGUUCAGCUCACACUUCCCAAAGUGCUCGCGCAGUCCAAUCGGCAACAGUUGACAUCUCUGGCCCUUUUGGGGCAAGACUUCUGGCAAUCGAGUCUUUCAAAGCUUACGAAUUCUAACGACAAUAAAAGUGAUGAAAAUUCUAGUGAAACGUCUAAUUCACUCAACAAACGAAGCAAUAAGUGCUCGACUUUCAAGAAGGAGAGCCCACAACCGCCGCCGCCUAUCCCUCAUAAACAGGACGUCUCGAACGUCGACCCGAUUAUCGAUAUGAAAAAGUCAUCGACAGUUCCCAUAUCGCAAGUAUUGGCUCCACAACAGCCAAAACUGCCCCCAAAACGAGCCGAACGCCCGCCGGUUCCGCCACGAAGUAAAUUUGGGACUUUAAACAACGGCUCAAUAUCUAAGUCAACGAAUUCUUCGACAAAUACAUCGAAUGAGAGCACAAAAGAGGUUAAGGAAGCGAAAGAGUCGCCAAUCGCUCCCAACACUGAGAUCACGUUAAUUCACGUAAAAGACGUCAAACAUCGGCGCCAUUCGGACACGAGUUCUGUAUCUAUUUCUAGUCAAACCACUGAUAAUACGCCAAAAGAUUCAAAAAUCAGUCUAACAAACGCUCAAAAGAAAGUUCUCUGUUAUCGGAGUUCACUUCACGACAAGGAAAGCGAUUACGAAGACAUUUGGGGCGCAAACACUGUCUCCCGACUCACUCUCGACUCCACUUUGAGAGGAAUUGCAGAAAAUGAGCGCACAUUAGAUAAGUCUCAUAGAAGUACUCAAACGGAGACUACAGUAUUAAAGAAGAACUCAACGAAUCGUCUCAAUUCAUUCCCUUUCUAUAUGGAUCCGAUCGAUGCCAUCAACAAAAGAGUUGAGAGCACAAAGUCUUCACUCCUGAGGCGAUCUGAUACUGACAUCAAUGAUGCAAAACCUUUAAAUUCUUCUCUUUAUGGCUAUUCAAUGGAGAGUUUAAUUGAUUGCAUUAGAACUGAAUCCUCACAAAUAGAUACAUGUCAUCAAACU